UUCCCCCCAGUUUAGAGAAUGGUGAAAUUAUUGGAGUGACAGUUACAAAGAUAUUUUACGUCAGGUGCAACAAUGGCUACCGGUUAACUGGCGAAAGUACUUUUAGCUGCGAUAUGAAUGGGAAAUGGACUACACUGCCAACCUGUCAACUGAUAGAUUGUGGCCCUCCUCCAAGUAUAGAAAACGGUAGGAUUAGUGGACACAGUAGUAGCAAUACAUUUUCUGUACAGUGCAAUGAUGGCUAUAUAAUUACUGGAGAAAGGAUUAUCAAAUGUAGUUUAAAUGGUAAAUGGACAGCUUUACCUAGCUGUGAAUAUUUGUCAUGCGGGAUUCCAGAAAUACCGCGCAAUGGAAUGUUACUUAAAAUAAAUGGAACGAGAUUUAACGCUAUGGCCACCGUGAAAUGUGACGAAGGAUAUUCAUUGGCAGGAAAUCCUGUUUUGACUUGUCAAAACAAUGCGAGUUGGACAAUGAUUCCGAGAUGUAUUCAGAUAGAUUGUGGAAUACCGAACAUAACAUAUGGUAGCAUCAUAGGAUCUACGAGCACAUUUUAUGGCAGUAAAAUACAGAUAGCGUGUAACGAUGGUUAUGCUCUGAAAGGAUCAGACACCGUUCAGUGUAGUAUUGAAGGACACUGGAGCACAAUACCUACUUGCAAUGUUGUUACUUGUGGCUUACCACAAAUUCCCGCCAAUGGAGCUAUUGCUAGUAUACAGGGAACUACAUUCAAUAAAACCGCAUUGAUCAAAUGCCACGCUGGGUACGUCAUAAAUGGAACAGAUGUAGUUACCUGUUCCAGUCACGGCAAUUGGACGGAGAGUCCUACAUGUACACAAGAUUGUGAAGUACCAGCUAAUAUAACAAACGGCGUGAUCACAAGACAAAAUAGCACAGAUACAUUUAUUGUACUAUGUAACCACGGAUACAUCCUAAUUGGCAAUUCGACUGUAAGAUGUGACAUUUAUGGAAAAUGGAUGAACGCCUCGGUCUGUAAUCCGGUGUCUUGUGGAAUACCUGCAAUUCCACAAAAUCGUAAAUUAGUAACAUUGAGUGGAACAAGUUUUGAGUCAACUGCUCGAAUGGAAUGUGACGAGGGUUUUCUAAUGGAAGGAAGUUCAGUAAUAACGUGCCUCAGGAACGGAAGCUGGACAUGGAUUCCUGCAUGUGAACCAAUAGACUGUGGUACUCCAAAAAUAGAAAAUGGCAUCAUAGGAGGGUACAAAGAACCAACGUUUGGAAGUAUUAUAUAUGUGACAUGUAAGGAAGGUUAUAUAUUAAUUGGUUCAAAUACGGUCCAGUGUGGCAGAGACGGAAAAUGGGGUUUACCUAUUUGUAAACUAUAUCCUUGCGGGUUACCAGAAAUACCUGAAAAUGGCGCAAUUGACAGCAUCAGUGGAACAAUCUAUAAUAGAACUGCUUUAAUUGCAUGUCAUCCAGGGUUUUAUAUGAAUGGAACCAACAUCGUUACAUGCUCCAAUCGCGGCAGAUGGACGAAGAGUCCGAGAUGUACACCAGUAAGUGACUGCUAUGAUAUUAUUCACCUAGAGUCUAAUACAUCAUUAAGCGGAAUUUAUAAUGUCACUUUGUGGAAGUCUAAAGCGAAAAUACAAGUUUAUUGCGAUAUGGACACAGAUGGAGGUGGAUGGACGGUAUUUCAGUACCGUUAUGACGGCUCUGUUGACUUCUUUAACACCAAUGCACAGUACGAAAAUGGCUUUGGAAAUUUAUCGACGGAAUUCUGGCUUGGAUUGAAGUAUAUCGACGAGAUGUCAUUGCAAGGUAAAACUGAGUUACGAAUAGACCUGUCUGCAGCAGACGGCUCUACAGCUUUUGAAAUAUUUCAGAACUUCUAUCUUGUAGCUGGUAAUCGACAUAUUCGUAUAGACAAAGGAACAGGCACGGCAGGUGACAGUGGCAAAGGUUUAUCGUACAAUUACAAUCUACCAUUCUCCACUCGCGAUCGUGAUCUAGGCGGAGGAAAUUGUGCUGCUAAAUGUCAUGGCGCUUGGUGGUAUAAAACUUGCUCAUAUGUAAAUCUCAACGGGCGAUAUUUAACUCCGGGAACAAGAAUUAUAAACGGCUCUGUGACAAGUGGAAUGGUUUAUUUGAACUUUAAAGACGAGUCUCUGAAAUCAUCUAAAAUGAUGUUUAGGCGAGUCAAAAAAACCAGUGUGAUUAGACAUGUGCACUGUCAACAUAACUUGUUUCAUAAAUAAUUACAACAGUUUUUACCUUUAGUUACUUCUAUGCAUAUGAUAUAUGCAGUAUAGCUCAGUGUGUUGAUAUGACUAUCGAAGUACAUUUCUAAGGCAAUCUUUCAGUCAGUACACAACAGUAUUUAAAAAAAUGCAUCUAAGACCGCUUGGCUCACCUUAUUCUUUUAAAAUCACAUUACGUCUAAAAUUCAAACUGCCUAACAAUAUUUGAAGGUAUGGCCUCGAAAUACUUUGAAUUGUUUCAUUUUGCAAGAUUUCUUUUGAUUUCCCAUUUUCUUACCUUUAAAUAGGUGAUCCUAGA